AUGCUAUAUCUAAUUGGGUUGGGUCUCUCAUAUGAGACCGAUAUCACUGUGCGUGGUUUAGAAGUGGUUAAAAAAUGUAAAAGGGUCUAUUUGGAAGCUUAUACCUCAAUUUUAAUGGCUGCAAGUAAAGAAUCAUUAGAAGAGUUUUAUGGUCGUGAAGUUAUUUUAGCUGAUAGAGAAUUAGUUGAAAGUGGAAGUGAUCAAAUCUUGGAAAAUGCACAAGAAGAUGACGUUGCCUUCUUAGUUGUUGGUGAUGUUUUCGGGGCUACCACUCAUACUGAUUUAGUUAUUAGAGCUAGAGAAUUGGGUAUUAAAACUGAAGCCAUUCACAAUGCAUCAGUCAUGAAUGCUGUUGGUGCUUGUGGAUUACAAUUAUACAAUUUUGGUCAAACUGUUUCAUUAGUUUUCUUUACUGAUAAUUGGAGACCUGAUAGUUUUUACAACAAAAUUUUAGAAAACAGAAGAAUUGGACUUCACACCUUGGUUUUAUUAGAUAUCAAAGUUAAGGAACAAAGUAUUGAAAACAUGGCUAGAGGUAGACUAAUUUACGAACCACCAAGAUAUAUGGAUAUUCAAACUGCUGCUGAACAAUUGUUGGAAAUUGAAGAAAAAAGAAAGGAAGAGUGUUACACUCCAAAUACACCAGCUGUUGCGAUUUCAAGAUUAGGAUCACCAACUCAAUCAUUUAAAGCUGCUACUUUGAAAGAACUAGCCCAAUAUGAUUCUGGUGAACCGCUACAUUCAUUAAUCAUCUUAGGUAGACAAGUUCAUGAUUUGGAGUUGGAUUAUCUAUAUCACUAUUGUGAUAAUCCGGAAUCGUAUAAACAAGCUGUUGUUGCUGAUCAAGAAUUUUUCAAGCCACCACCAUACGUUCCACCACCAGAAGAAGAAUUUAGUUAUUGA